GCAGUGGGAUCCGAGGGAUCCGUUGUAGAGCGGAGCGCCGAGAGCGGAGAGUGGGAUUUGUUAAGGCUUUAUUAAGGGUUUAUUUCAGGGGUUUAUUAAAGGGUUUUAUCGCUCCUGGACGGCGAAGACAUUUCAUCCUCAACAUGUCGGAUUUUGACAGCAACCCCUUCGCGGACCCGGACUUCAGCAACCCCUUUCAGGAUCCCUCAGUGACGCAAGUAACGCGGAACGCCCCCCCUGGCCUGGAGGAGUAUAACCCUUUCACAGAUACAAAGCCGGCUCCGCCUGGCUCAGCCCCCAAAGCAAUGCCACCCACCACCAACACACAGCCGGCUAUCAUGAAGCCCACUGAGGAACCACCAGCUUAUUCUCAGCCACAGCAAACACAGGACCAGACGAGGGCUCAGGCGGAGUUGUUGCGGAGGCAGGAAGAGUUGGAGAGGAAGGCCGCAGAGCUCGACCGCAGAGAGAGGGAGAUGCAGUCCCUCAGUGCAUCAGGAGGGAGGAAAAACAACUGGCCGCCUCUUCCAGAGAAGUUUCCGGUUGGUCCGUGUUUCUACCAUGACAUAUCUGUGGACAUCCCUGUGGAGUUUCAGAAAACGGUCAAGAUCAUGUACUACCUGUGGAUGUUCCACACGGCGACGCUCUUUCUGAACAUAUUUGGCUGCUUGGCGUGGUUCUGUGUGGAUCCUGCUCGUGGUGUGGACUUCGGUUUGGCCAUGCUGUGGUUUAUGCUCUUCACUCCCUGUUCCUUCGUCUGCUGGUACAGACCUCUCUAUGGAGCAUUCAGGAGUGACAGCUCUUUCCGGUUCUUUGUGUUCUUCUUUGUGUAUAUCUGCCAGUUUGGUGUCCAUGUGAUGCAGGCCAUCGGUAUCACCGGCUGGGGCGCCAGUGGUUGGAUCUCAGCACUGACGGGCCUGAACAAGAGUAUUCCUGUAGGAAUCAUGAUGAUCCUCAUCGCUGCUCUCUUCACUGCCUCUGCGGUCAUCUCCCUCAUCAUGUUUAAAAAGGUCCACGGGCUGUAUCGGACCACAGGUGCCAGCUUUGAGAAAGCUCAGCAGGAGUUUGCCACCGGUGUCAUGUCCAACAAGACGGUCCAGACGGCUGCCGCUAACGCCGCCUCCACCGCUGCCCGAGGAGCCUUCAAAGAGCAGUUCUGAUUGGCCCAGAGAGAGCAGAGCACCGCCCUCUCCGUCCACACUCCUCCUUCUCCUCCCCCACUUCUUUUAUUCCUCCUAAACGUACUCACAUGACUGUUCAGUCAUCCACAACCCUGCUCAUUUCUGACAUGGAGGAUUUCAGACUCCACCUAUUUCAUUGACUUCCUGCACUCAAGUGGCUGACUGAGACUCCGCCCCCUUUCUCUUCUCCUCAUGUCACUCAGCAGGUGUGCUCACCUGGGUGCGUGUGAGCGUGUGCGUGCAUCAGGAAUGUGUCCUCGUGCUGCGUGUGUAGAGUCUGCCACUUUAUGAAUGCGCAUCGCGCCUUUUCUCAUAUUAAAAAAAAAUACAAAAAAACGAAGGAACAAACGUUUUGCUUCUUGUGCAGACGGGAGGCGAAAAAGAGCACCCUCAGAUAAACCAUCCCACCAACAACCAUGCUCUCCAACACAAGCACCUUCAUUCCUGUGGCGCUGAGGGGAAUGUCCGUUGCUAUGUGCGUGCUGCGCCCAGUAGGAGAUUCGGACAGACAUUUUGUCGCUCGUUAUCUCUGAUUCCGCCUUACGCCCACUUUUCCUCUCCACUUUUUCCCCCGGGAACACCUCGCCUGCCUCUUUUAGACGUGAGUCGACGCUCCUCUGCCUCCUCGUGGUUGAGUCUGAGGCCUGUUUGAUGCAAUCAGACAAAAGUGGUCAUUUUGUCCGGCCCAGAAUGACAGAGUCGCAGGCUUUUACGCUGUUCCCCAUGCCUGUGUAUAUAUAGAACCCUGUAUGCUUACACUAGUCUCUCCAGUCCAGGUCCUGUUUAGCACGUUUUCAGUGCUUCCCUGCUCUAACUGACCCCAGGUUGGACGGUGAGAGCAGGAAAACACUAAAACACACAGAACAGGGGUUCUCCAGGACCGGCCAGGAGAAAACUGGCUUAUGUGUAAAAAAAUGAAAUAAAUAUUGGCUGAUUUCAAACAUUUUGAAAGUUCCCGAGCGCCUCCAGCCUUCUUUUGUAAUCGACACCACUUCAGUGUAAUCAGCACUACUUCGGAUUGGAAAACGUAUCUCGGGAGUGGGGGGGCGGGAGAAACGCGCAUAACCCUCAGGAUAUUGCUCGUAAAUGUGCAUGAGAAGCUUGCUAAGUCCACCGCCGCUGUCCGGUCGAGCUUUUUAGGGGUUUCAGGACGCUUUGGGAGAUGAGUGGGAGAAAAGCGCUGACCGCAAACACAAAAAACUCGCUAGCCCACAUGUCUGUAAACAGAUAUCAAGUAAAUAUAGGUGUGUGUGGGUGUGUAUAUGUGUGUGUGGGUGUGUUUGAGAGUGAAAACGAAUACGCUGUUUUUCAACCUAAAUUCUGCAUCCAUACAAAUAAAAAGCGACACGAAAACCAACCGACUUAAUUAUAAUAGAAUUCAAUGGGCAGAUGCUGAAGCGAGUGUCUGUAGAGUCAGCUGUGUUUGGAGCGCAGAGAAAUUAUUUGCGGUAUUCGGUCGCAUGACACUGAUUCAGCAGAUAGAGCUUGGGUUGACAAGUGGACUAUCCCUUUAAGCAUUUGAGUGAGCGUUUAGCCGUUUAAAGGGGAAUUCCACCCAUUUUUCAAAAUUUCUGCAUGACUUGGUUAGUGAGAUGUGUAGUUAUUCAGAGUUUUGAUGUGAAAUGAUUCACUGUAGAGACACUUACAGACUUCGAUUUCUUCACAGCGAGGGCGAUGGGAACCAGGGACCACUGUCUACAAAAAAACGCUUUAUUUACUAUAAUAAAAGGCGGCGGUGAACCUACACGUGUCUGAGUUUUCAUACCUGAUAUUGAUGAUGGUGAUUAAUGAUUAGACAAUGAUUACUUAAUCAUCUGAUCACAAUUAUUUGUGCUAAUCAUAAUUAUGUCCCACAGUUGUUGCAGUGAGUGAAUAGUGUACAUUAUUCGUCUAUUGGUCAGUAGAAAACGUAUUUAUUGAGACAAAUCAAAAUAAAAGUUGUGAGUGAAAAAAAAUAAAUAAAGGCAGUGGUGAUUAAUGUUUGUUUAUUUGAGCUUGAGCUGUUUUGGUCAUCAUUUGGGAGCCACCAACAACAGCUAGGAGGCAAAAAAUCGGUCAGUUUGCCCUCUGUAGGCUUGUACUAAAGCUAAACUGUUAUUAUUUAUAUGGCUAUUAAUCGAAAGCUAAAAGGCAAGGCCUAGAUGAAAUAGUGGUAAAUUUUGGGGGGUUUCUGUGGGGACUUUUUUAGAUUACAACCAUUUCUACCCCAUGAAUGGACUUUAAAAAAUGUGUUUUAGGCCAAAAUCUUUCCUCAGAACUAUGUCUCAGACACCAUACAGCGCAUUUAUAACCAUUUCCUGUAAUAACUCUGUCUGAUGGAGCUUUUAGAAGCAUUGAACUCUUCCAAUGUCUGAUUUCUGUCACCACUACUGUGAACAAUUCUGACUCCCUACAAUGAGCCUUUUCACAUCAAUCCACUCUGAAUGACUUCACAUCUUAACCAUUUUAUUAUGCAGUAAUUUUGAGAGAAAAAAUUACAUUUGAUGCAUAAUUAAAGCACUGAGAUUUAAAAGUCAUUCAAAAUGGUUUGAUAUGAAGUGUUUAACUGUAGAGAAACUUAGCAACUCUGAUGUCCUUACAGUGGUGGUGAUAGGAACCAGGGGUCGCCAUGACUACAACGCAAAUAUAGACAUUUUAUUUACUGUCCAGAACCACUAGGGAACCUACACGAGUCUUCUGAGCUUUGAUGAUGAAAAAUUGUGGUACAUUUGGAAAAAAAAAUGUUUUGAAAUUUUGAAAACUUUUGUAAAGUUUUCUAUUGGAACUAUUUUGCCUCACAACCCCGUACAUCAGGGGUGCCAAUUCUAGUCCUGGAGAUCUACCACCCUGGAGAGUUGAGAUCCAACACACCUGGCUCUGAUAUUCAGAUGACCUUGAAGGCCUUCAUAACCUGGAUCAGGUGUGUUUGAUCAGGGCUGGAGCUAAACUGUGCAGGGUGGUAGAUCUCCAGGACCAGGAUUGGGCACCCCUGCCCUGCAUGUACCCCUCUGCCAUGAAUGUGGACUUAAAAAAACACACUUUAGGCCAAAAUAUGAUCUCAAAACUAUCAUGAAACACUCUCUGACAUCAGGUAGUGUAUUCACAACCAUUUCACGUGAGGGAGCUUUUAGAGGUGGACGUCUGGUUCCUAUCACCACCACUGUGAACAGUUCUGAUUCCAAGUUUCUCUACAGUGAAUCAUUUCACACUCUGAGCGACUCUGUUUACAUCUCAACCAUUUAAUUAGACAGAAGUGUUGAAAACGUCCGCUGGUUACAGCUGUCGGGGUUUUGGGUCAUUCAAACCGACCAGUGUCCGUUACCGUUCUGGAGCCACUGCAGGAGCUCUGAAGGUGUUUAAACAAACCUGUUUUUUGCGCGUUUUUUUUCUUCUCUUUUUUUUUGUUUUUGAAAUUACAGAAUAGUGAAACCUUGUAGCCUUGGUGACCGUCACCUAGAAACAGCCAAGUCUGACGAUUAUGGGAUGUAACCGUAUCAAGACUGCUUUAAGUGUGUGGAUCCUUUUACUGUUCAGCAGCUCUGUAUGUGUUUUUCAGUAUUGAGUCUUAAACUGAUUUUCUCAGCUUACUGACAAUUUGCUUUCUCGAUUUAUUUUACCAUCAGUGGCUGACUGGAGUGUUUUUUUUUCACUUUUCCUUCUUUUCUUCUGUCCUGGACUUUUCUUAGACCAGUUAGCUUCCCUCCUUUCAGUGUGCGCGAGCGCGAGACAAGCUACUGCAAGUCAUUCUUCCUUUUAUGAAUUUCGACUAAUGGCACCAGAAUGUUUCUGUUAUGUAUAUUUUUCCGUUUCGAAAAGCUUUCAUUAAAAAUUAGAACAGACGAUAUGAUGUGAACUCUUGUGUGUGCGUGAGUGUGUGUGUGUAUGCCUGUGUGUGUGUUGGAUCGUGGCUUUAAGUUGUAAUUUUUAAUGGAUGACACUAGAACCGUAGUUGAAACACUGAGGAGAAGGCGGCGAGAGGCGAGCGAAGUUGUUCGGAGCGAAACCUAAGGGAUGUUUGUAUAUUUUGUAAAAUCGACGAGUGGUUGCCUGUUGUCCUGAAUUUCAUUGUACUGUACAAAUGCACUCUUGUCUCCCCUGCAGUCGCAUGUUGAGUAGUUUGAGUUUUGUAUAUUUAUUGUAUUAACACGAGAAUAAAAUAAUAAAAAAAAAUUCAACUACUUAA